AUGUCCGAUAAUGGAUUUAUAAAUUUACAAGAAUUAGAUUUAAGUUUUAAUCAAUUAGUUUACAUCUCGGAAAAUAUCGUUGAUAACUAUUUAAAAAUAUUAUCGAUCAGUUAUAAUCCUAUCGGUGUUUAUUUAUUAAAAAUUACGAAUCCUAAAGGAAAGUUAUUUAAUAAAUUACAAAUAUUACGAGUUGAGAAUACUUCAUUAUCACAAAUGCCUGAUAAUAAUUUAAUCACCGAUUUAAAUCAAUCGUUACCACAAACAUUACAAGUAUUAGAUAUCAGUGGUUUAAAUAUAACAAAUCUACGAUCAAAUAUAUUAACAUGUCCGCAUUUAAAAUAUUUGUAUAUGACACGAUUAUAUUAUUUAACUCGUAUCGGUUCAUAUGCAUUCUAUUAUUUGAAUCAAAUACGAUCAAUUCAUUUAGAUAAUUGUAUCAGAUUGAAUCAAUUUAAUGAUUUAUCGUUUGGUAUUGAUAAAAUAUCGGAAACGUAUCCAGAUCAUACGUUGAUUAAAUUAUCGUUUCAAAAUUGUGCGUUGACAAAACUUAACAGAACGUUGAUACAUUUUUUAAAACGUAUCACGUAUUUAAAUUUAUAUGGGAAUCCAUGGAACUGUGAUUGCCAGCUGUAUCAAUUAUUUUAUGAGAUUUUUUCUCGUAAAACAACGUUUUUAAGUCAACAACAUCGUUAUAAAUCAAAUACAAGUCAUAGUUUCAAGUAA